AUGCCAGACCCCCUCGACCUCCCCGACAACCUCAUCGUCGGCGACGGCCACAACUACGAAACCGCCUACCUCGCCAUCCGCGACCACAUGCACCACCUCAAUGAAUGGGCCACCUCCUUCCCCCCACAACACCCCGCCCGCCUCCACCCGUUCAUCCUCCACGUCCUCAACAGCCUCGAGGCCGAGACCGACUCCCGCCCAGGCUUCGACGUCGACACCCUCUUCGCCGCGCGGCCCCUGCCCCUGCGCAUCCCGCUCCACGUCAUCUGCAUGCGCCCCCAGGCCGUGCUGGCCCGCUACGGCUGGGUCGAGCACGAGAAUAUGGGCCGGCCGGACUUGUAUGCUGGGUUGGUUGACACCCUCCGCGCCACCCACGCCCCCACCCCCGUAACCGCCGCCCGCGCCUGGCACCGCGCCGCCAGCGACGGUCUCGCAUCCACGACAUACGCCGACCCCGCGUAUCUCCCCGCCGACCGCCACUGGCCGGACGACGUAUACGGCGACGGUAACGUCAACAACGGCGACGGAGGCGAGGGCCGAAGCAACAGCGGCAACAGCGACUUCAUGCGCGUCAUGCGCAGCGGCGGCGCCGAUCCGAUUGACAGACCGAUCCCUGGAUCGCCGGUGCCGCCGGGGCUGGAUGGUCGUCUCGGUUGGGGAGGGCCGUGGGAUGGUGGGAUGACGAGGGCGGUGGGGGUGAGGAGGAGUCAGACGGGUGUUAGGCGCCUCGGGGGAAGGGGGUGGAGGCCGUUGGUUAGGAGGAGGAGGGGGGGGAUUCGGGUUCAGGGGGGGAGUGGUGGUGGGGUGGAGGGUGGAGAGGAUGAUGGGGCGAAGGAGGAUGGUGAUGGUGCGGAGGGUGGAGGACCUGAUGGUGAUGCUUGA